UAUCCCGAACGGCUCGUACUCGUAAGAACCAAAUAUCUAUAUUGCUGCUCGAUCGAAAGUGCCGCGUCAACUAUCAAAAGUGUUAUCGUUCCAUUUAGCUGUUUUAUGUUUAAUAAUAUUAAUUUUUUAUCUAUAUUAUUUUUGACUAAUAUUAUUAAUUGACUGAAAUUUUAUCUAUAAAGGUGAAUACUUAAUGUUGAUAUCAAAUAAUUUACAUUAAACGUGUAAUUCGUAGUAAUAUCUCAUCAUUGCAUCUAUUCAAGUAUGAAUUUGAUUCAUUUUUGAAUGCAAAAGAUAGAAUAGUAAAUUGAGUAGUAUUUGUAGAAUGAGUAUAGACAGUAUGAGAAUGGGAGGAGGACGUUGUCCUCCCCUUCUUGUUGGAGGUCUUCUCAUUGCCUGUAUUAUGAUGGUUUGCAACUGGUGGACUUUAUCUUCUACUAACUUGGAGCUUCUUAGGCAAAUUGAUGAAUUGAAUGAACAGAUUAAAAUAAGUGUCGAGGAAAGAGAUCAAUGUGUAACACAACGAGGUAUAUAUGAAAAACAAUUAAAAGAUUGUACUGAUGAUGCCAGAACAACUCAUGUCAAACUAUCACAAGUUAAUGAAAACUUAUCUACAUGCAAUGAAGAGUUAAAAUCCCACAAACAGCUUGAUGUUACAAAAACUGCUACACUUGAAACAUUAAGAAUAGAUAAACAAAUGUUAGAAGAGCAAAAUGAAAAGCUCAAAGAUGAAAUCAAACAAGCAAAGAGUGAGAUAGAAAAACUGAAACUCACAAUAAAUGCUCCUCCACAGAAACAAACUCCAAUAUUACCUAUUAUUAGAAUCCUAGAAAAGUCCAAGCCAGAUAAUAAGACGUCUAUAGAUGGAGCACCUCCAAAUCCACAGAUGAAUGCACCUCCAAAUGCAGAAAAUUUAGAGCCUCUAAAUCAAGAUUUACAAGAUACUGACAACAGUAAUUAUCUAGAUAAUGCAGCAGAAGUUAAUGAUGCUGCCAACGUAGUAGAUCCAGGUUUGAGUAUGAAAUUAAUCUCUGACAUAAAUGUUAAAAGUGUACGCAAAACCAAAAAAUAGUAAGUUACAUAGGUACUAGCUAUUACAAUUCAAUAUCACUUAAAACAAUCACAGAAAUAUUGUAAAAAAUUGGUUUUUCUGAGUAUUGUAAAGUUUCUAUUGUAUGAUAAGUCAAUUAAUUGAAUCGCACAAAGUGCGUUAAAUGACGAAUCAGUGUAAGCGUUAAAUGAUGCAUAGAAUGAAAAAAGUCAAAUUUUGUAGAAGAAUAUUCUAAUGUAAUUAUUGAAAGACUGAGACAAUUUGUAACAGGAAUUUGAUUAUGUUAAGUAUUGCACCAAAAAUGAAAAUCAGAUAUGACAUUUUUUAAGCUUUGGAGAAUGUUAUCAUUUUUUAAUUAUUGUUAUAUUCUGAAAUAAGGUAGAGAACAAAUAAAUAGAUUGUAAGAAUUUUACAUGCCAUUCUGUAUAUUUGAUUUGCUGCGAUAAUUUAACAGAAAAACAUACAUUAUAAAUUGUUUUUCGUAUUUUAGCCUAUAUUCUACAGGUUGUUCCCAUGGCGUACAAUUAUUAUUGCUGACAUUCUCACGCAUGAUAGUCGCUGCAUUUACUCAAAUUAUCUUGAAUAAUAAUAUUGUGCAAAUUAUUUGAACAUACUUAGGACGUGAGAAAGUAUUUCAUAUUGUCAAUACACAAUAAUGCCUUGAAAUGUCGCAAAAUACAAUUUACAAAAAUUGAUAAUUUUAUUUUGAUUAUUUCUUCUUAAAAUUUGAUUCGUCAUAAUACUCAUUUGAAUGCAGAUGAAAUUUACAUAAAAACUUUUUUGUAAACUUUUGUGAGGA